CUGGUCUGCAGACAUUUUCUUCUUCUAACUUCCCCUCCUGAGAGGGGGACAGAAAUAUUAGAGAAACAAAACUCCAGAAUGCUCCGGUUGCCACUCUCACUUCCUCUCUCGCCUCUUUACCCAGCGCUGCUUUGAAUACAGUAAUUGCUCGGGGCCAACGGAGCAAGGGAAAGAAGACAGCACAGCCCCAAAGGCUGCCCUGGUAGGCGGCUACCGCGGAUCAUGCUGUCACAGGGCCAUUUCUGGUCCCGAAAAAUGCCGGGAUGAAGGCUCCCACCCGCCUGGCUGGGACUCUGAUCCUAGCCAUGGCCUUCCUCUCCUGCCUGAGACCCGAGAGCUGGGACCCUUGUGUGCAGGUGGUGCCUCACGUCACGUAUCAGUGCAUGGAGCUGGGUCUCUACAAAAUCCCCGGCAACAUCCCCACGUCAGCCAAGAAACUGGACCUGAGCUUUAACCCCCUGCGGCGUUUACGCAGCUAUAGCUUCUCCAACUUCUCAGAACUGCAGGUGCUAGAUCUAUCCAGGUGUGAAAUUCAGAUAAUUGAAGAUGAUGCACAUCAGGGCCUAAAGCAUCUCUCCACUUUGAUAUUGACGGGGAACCCUAUUCAGAGUUUAGCCAAGGGAGCCUUUUCUGGACUAUCAAGUUUACAGACACUAGUGGCUGUGGAGAUAAACCUAGCAUCUCUAGAAGACUUCCCCAUUGGACACCUGAAAACCUUGAAGAAGCUUAAUGUGGCUCACAAUUUUAUCAAUUCCUUCAAGUUACCUGAAUAUUUUGCUAACCUGGCGGACCUGGAAUACUUGGACCUUUCCAAUAACAAGAUCCAAAAUAUUUAUCAUGAAGACUUGCUGGUUCUCCAUCAAAUGCCCCCAUUCAAACUCUCUUUAGACUUGUCCCUGAACCCUUUAGACUUUAUCCAACAAAAUGCCUUUAAAGAAAUCAAGCUCCAAGAACUGACUGUGAGAAGUAAUUUUAAUAGUACAGAUGUAAUGAAAACUUGUAUUCAAAGCCUAGCUGGGUUAAAAAUCAAUCAGUUGGUUCUAGGAGAAUUUAAAAACGAAAGAGCCAUCAAAGAGUUGGACAAAUCUGCCCUGGAGGGACUGUGCAAUGUGAGCAUGGAAGAAUUUCGGCUAGCAUUCUUGCGUGACUUCUCAGAGGACGAUGCUGGCUUUUUUCAUUGUUUGGCAAACGUUUCUAGAAUUUCUUUUUUGGGUCUGAAUUUCAACAAGCUAGGAGGCCUUUCUAAAGACUUCCGAUGGCAAUAUUUAGAAUUGGCUAAUAGUAAAUUUGAACACUUUCCCACAUUGGAGCUUGACUCUCUCAAAACGUUUAUUUUCACUGACAAUAAAGUUCUGAACCCUUUUACUGAAGUUAACCUACCAAAACUUGAGUUUCUAGAUCUCAGUAGAAAUGACUUGACUUUCAAGGGUUGCUGUUCUCAUUCUGAUCUGGGGACAACCAGGCUGAAACACUUAGAUCUGAGCUUCAAUGAUGCUAUCACUAUGAGUUCGAACUUCUUGGGCUUAGAGCAACUAGAACAUCUGGAUUUCCAGCAUUCCACUUUGAAACAGGCCAGUGAUUUCUCAGUAUUCCUGUCACUCAAAAACCUCCUUUACCUUGACAUUUCUUAUACUAACACACGCAUUGUCUUCCAUGGCAUCUUCGAUGGCUUGUUCAGCCUCCGGGUCCUGAAAAUGGCUGGCAAUUCUUUUCAGGACAACUUCCUUCCAAGUAUCUUCACAAAUAUGACUAGCUUGACCUCCCUGGACGUCUCUAAGUGUCAACUGGAACGGGUGUCCCAGGGGGCAUUUGGCUCACUCCCAAAUCUUCGGUUGCUAAAUAUGAGUCGCAACAACCUCUUGUUCUUGGAUACACUUCCUUACCAAUCUCUUCACUCCCUUCGCAUUCUGGACUGCAGUUUUAACCGUAUAGUGGCUUUCACGAGGCAAGAGCUACCGCUGUUUCCAAGCAGUCUGGCUUCCUUAAAUCUCACUGAGAAUCACUUUGCUUGUGUCUGUGAACACCUGAGUUUCCUGCAGUGGGUCAAGGACCACAGGCAUCUCUUGGUGGACUCUGAACAAAUGCUGUGUGUGAACCCUUCAGAAAUGCAGGGUGUGCCGGUGCUCAGUUUCAGGAAUUCCACCUGUCAGAUGAACAAGACCGCCGUUGCUGUGUCAGUUCUCUCUGUCCUUGUGAUAUCUGUGGUGGCAGUUCUGGUCUACAAGUUCUAUUUCCACCUGAUGCUUCUUGCUGGUUGCAAACAGUAUGGCAGAGGUGAAAGCACCUAUGAUGCCUUUGUUAUCUACUCAAGCCAGGAUGAGGACUGGGUGAGGAAUGAGUUGGUAAAGAACUUGGAGGAGGGGGUGCCCCCCUUUCAUCUUUGCCUUCACUACAGAGACUUUAUUCCUGGGGUGGCCAUUGCCGCCAACAUCAUCCAGGAAGGUUUCCACAAAAGCCGGAAGGUUAUUGUGGUCGUGUCCCGACACUUCAUCCAGAGUCGAUGGUGUAUCUUUGAGUAUGAGAUUGCCCAGACCUGGCAGUUUCUCAGCAGUCGGGCGGGCAUCAUUUUCAUCGUCCUGCAGAAGGUGGAGAAGUCCCUGCUCCGGCAGCAGGUGGAGCUGUAUCGCCUUCUCAGCAGGAACACGUACCUGGAGUGGGAGGACAGUGGCCUGGGGCGGCACAUAUUCUGGAGACGACUCAGAAAAGCCUUGCUGGAUGGUAAAGCGUGGAUUCCAGAAAGAACAGCAGAUGCAGAGAGCAGCCAGCACUCAGCAACAACCCCCACCUGAGGAGGACCUCCUCAGGUGCUUCUGGCCCAGCUGCACCCAGUACUUGUUCAGUUGACAAGUAUUAAAUGCUGCAACAUGGUAGGCUUGGGGCUAAGGGAACGUGAUUCAGUGGUGCCAGGUUACCCAGGGCUGGUGAUCUCCUGGAGUUUGCAGUGCAGAGGGAAUGGGUACUGGGCUACAAUACAGAAUCUGCAUUGUUCUGUAUUGUACAAUGUCAGCCAUUCAGCUAAGGAGUCCAUGGCAGAGAAAGUCAAUUCAACUCUUAACCGUAAGACUGAAUUAUAACUAAGAGACUGGCCCCAGUCAGAUCAGAAAAGGAUGUCGGUCUUCUCCUGAGGCUUUUGAAUGGAAAGCACCUCAUGGCUCACAUUUUUACCACCUUGAAACAAAGCAUAAUGGUAGUUUCAACUGAACUAGGUCUUUGCUCACUGUUUCCUUUUCUACUGAAUACAGCUGAAAUUCAACUUGAUGACUCAGGCUCCUGAUCCCGAUCCUUGCUCCAUUUUAGGUCAGUUUCCUUACAAGGUUAAAGUCUCGCAACGGAUUCCUAAGGAAACCUGAUCAACACAUAUUUACAAGCAUCCCGGUCAGUCCCUAGCAUGUUCUAUUUAUUAACUCAUCGUCCCUGGUAUAUAUAUUUUUUGUUUUCAUAAAUUCAGUUCUCAUGUUGCAUGUCUCCUCUAUGCACCUGUGUCAUAAGUAAGGUUGCUAGAGGCAUGCUGGCAUAUCCAUAUUUAACCACUAUCUUUCAAGCAGAUAUGUCAAAUACACUCUGUCAUUCUGUCACUUGAUGUCAUUCUAAAUGUAUUAUCUAGUAAGUUAUGACUGUCAUACAGGUAGCAUUAAAAUAAUUUGGUUGAAUGUGGCACUUAUUGUCAUGGGGGCGAGAGGUCCAACUUCCUGGUUUCAUAAAGAAAAAUUUGGGCCAAAGGAAGAGAAGGGGUGGGAUGACCUCAGGAGGUCAGCUCUCCUUGAUGAUCCCGGGAAUAUAUGGGCUGAUACAGCUGGGGGGACCACAUAACAAGAGUUGCAGUAACGCUUCCUUCUGCAUCAACCCAGUGUUGUCUGAGGGAACAUUGAAUCCCUCAGGGGAUUGUGAAAUCCUUCAAGGUGGGGAGCUCACCGUGGCUACUUCCUGUUAGGUAUCAUUCCAUCACCAUGGCCCCAUUUACAAAAGAGCAGUAAACAAUGAAGAGUAGAAAAACUCACAGAGAAAACAAUGCCUCUGAGACAACGUGUGUCACGUAAAGGGGAGUUCUCAGAAAAGGACACUCACCCAGCUUCCGCAAGAAUGGUCAAUUCAAAGAAAGCAAUGAGGACAUUUGGAAAAUACUUAAAAACAGCUUUACAGAGUAGUAGUUUGCCCUAUUUUCUAUUUGGGUUAACCAGACUCUCAGAGAAGUAAAGCCCACGGCACGCAUGGAAAGCAGUGAACGUGAGUUGUGGCUUUCUGCAAAGCCACACUACCCAAAGCACCAGGGGGUCUCUCUGGAGUUGGAAUAGGAAAACACUAUGCUAGAGCUUACUCGCAGCGUCUUUCUUUCCUGUGUUUGUUCCUUGUCCAGAUAUUUUAGUUCUGAUUCAACUUAUUGUGCAUGUAGACGACAUUUGAAUCUCUCUCAUGUCCUUCAUGGAAAGAAAUGUGUUAUAAAUAAAUCAUUUGGUACGUAUAAUAUA